CUCUGUCAAACCUGAAUUGGGAAGCCUAGCUUCGGGAGGAGACAGAGGUUGGGAGACCAGUUAGCAGGCUAGAGCACUGGGUAAGGUGAGAGGUGCUGAGAGUAUGAAGCAGAGCACUGGCAGUGGUCACUGAGCAAGGGAAACAUGCCCUGUGGGGAAGCCUGUGGAGGCAUGAUUCAAAAGAGAAGAUGACUGUGGCUUGGCCCACCUCCAGCCUUACAGCCCUUAGCCAGACACAUCUAACAUGUCAUUUGAAGAGCUGUUGGAGUUGCAGAGCCAAGUGGGGACUAAGACAUACAAACAGUUGGCAGCUGGAAACAGUUCUAAGAAGCAAGGUUCUAGACCACGUGUCCAAAAUGCAUGUGCUGCAGAUAAGCACAGGUGAGGAGCAGGGCCUGCUCCAGGAACUGGAGAAUACCUGGGACCUUGGGCCUCUGGAAAUGUCAGCCAAGGUCCGGGUGCCAUUUUUGCGUCAAGUUGUCCCCAUCAGUAAGAAGGUAGCCCGGGACCCCCGCUUUGACGAUCUGUCAGGGGAAUAUAAUCCUGAGGUGUUUGACAAAACGUAUGAAUUCCUGAAUGACAUCCGAGCCAAAGAGAAAGAGCUGGUGAAAAAGCAGUUGAAGAAGCACCGUUCGGGGCAGGAGCAUGAGAAACUGCAGCAGCUGCUUCAGAGGAUGGAGCAGCAAGAAAUGGCACAGCAGGAACGCAGGCGGCAACAGGAGCUGCGCCUGGCCCUGAAGCAGGAGCAGAGGGCUCGGGCCCAGCAGGGCCAUCGGCCAUACUUCCUGAAGAAAUCUGAGCAGCGCCAGUUGGUCCUAGCUGAGAAGUUCAAGGAGCUAAAACGCAGCAAGAAGCUAGAGAGCUUUUUGAGUCGAAAGAGGCGCCGAAAUGCAGGCAAGGACCGGAGACAUCUCCCCUUGAGCAAAGAGUAAGGAACUGUCCUGAGCUCUGCCACUGCCCCAGUGGGAAAUGGAUCUGUGGGGACAGACUUGGGCUUGGCCUGUUCUGGUUCUUUUCCGUUCAAGGGCAAGGAUCAUAGCUGCCCUUGAGCUAGCUUGGCUCAAAGACGACUAGAGGGCUCUUGGACUGCCCCAGCAUUGGAGAAGAAGAGCAGCUCAAACUUGUGCUAUGCCACGCUUCCUCCGCUUGGAUCUGGUUCAUCAUGUCCUCAUGUCCUCCCAUCCUUGCUUUAAACCAGUGGUUGUGGUAUAGAAGAGAAAGGGCCAGUGAGUGGUCUUAAGGCUGGUGAAGGCCAUGAAGUCUGUGGAUGGCUCCUCGGGCUGGGACUUUAUGUGAGAGUCAAUUCAUAAACAUUCCUGUCACUCUUC